AUGGGAUUUACUGGUACUGUUCAAGCGGUGCUUGAUGCACUCUGUCUCGAAACUUUACGCAGAUUAGCCCGAUGGCUCAAUGCACCCCCCAACGGCCUUGACAUCGUCCAGGCUAAUCUUCGCGCCAACCACUCUGCGGCAUUCCACUCGCGAUGGCACCUUUCCAUCAAGUCAUAUCGCUCUGUGUUGACCCAAACCCCCGAUUCCACCGUCCAAAGCGAACGAAACAUGUUUGCGCUGACGAUGGAUGACAACGUUUUUAUUCACCUUGAAGAUCCUGCAGCACCUACCAGAGCAGACGUCCUCGCUGUGGCGCCACCUGGACAGGAAGCCAUGUAUUUGAAGAGUCCCUCCCAUUAUAGAAACACCUUUCUUGCCAUGAGACCCCCUGGUGGACUGGAGCAAUUGUUGGCACAAAUAAAGGCUCGCUGGAUCUCGGUUCGUCAAGCUGCAGGCCAGAGAAAUAAUAUCACCGGGCAACAGUUAAUCAUAGAAGGACGAACUUAUUCCAUUGGGACGGACUGGAUGGUGCGCGUCGGGAACGUCCAACUGGCUGGAGGUGCUAUUAAAGGGAUGUUGUUAGAGGCUGAAUACCUCCCCCUUCCUCUCCUACGAUCUGCUGCCACUGACAAUACAUCUGAACUUCUUUCCAAUCUGUUAACUUCCAUCUUACCAAAUAUCCCCGAUGCCAAAACGGUCGCAGUGACAUUCAAUGACGCACAUUGGCAGGAUCAGCUUUGGGACCGUGAAAAGGAACUGAGCGAAAUGAAUGAUCCGGUCGCAGUGGUGGACAACGAUGAUCCCUACGCAUGGGACAACACCGAUAUUGCAGAAUGGAAGCAGGGAGACUGGGCAGGCGUAGAUAGAGAACAGCGAUCUGCUUAUUUGAUCAUAGGAGCGCUCCGUUCAGAAGGGCUUUUGUAG